AUGCCGACAGAACUCGAGGAGCUCGUGGGCUUCAUCGCUCAUCCCAACCCGCAAAUCAGACAAGUUGCCGCUGAGAACCUUGUUGGCUACUCCCAAGCGCAGCCAGCCAUCUUUAAGACAGAGGGCCUGACCCCCGUCAAGCACCUCAAGUUUUUAGUCAAAGAUCAUCCUAAAAUUGCCGAACAUGUCCUCACAAUUCUCGUCAACCUCACAGCUGAACAAGAUGUCCUGGAAAAUGUUGCUACCGAUGACAAGUUUAUUGGAGUUCUUGUGGACCUUAUAGUUAAACCAAAUGAGCCAAACGCCAACUUGAUGGCCAUGCUUCUAGCCAACAUGGCAAAGUGGGAUGGUCUUAAAACCAUUGUGACCAGGAAGCAGACUCCUCCCGAUGAGCUCAAGUCCAACGACCUCGUGCUUAACCAGCUUAUCGACCUUUUCGUUAAGGAGAAGGGCUACAACAAGGACGCGGACUACGACUACCUGGCCUACCUCUUCGCUGAUCUCACCAAGCACGCCGAAGUGCGACAGCACUUCGUCACACGGCAAGACUAUGAUGAAGUCAUUCCUAUUACCAAGCUCAAGGUUUUCACUGAGCACGAAUCUGAGAUUCGUCGGAAGGGCGUUGCAAGCACCAUCAAGAACGUCGCCUUUGAAAUCCAGUUCCAUUCCACCUUCCUCGAUGAGGAUGAGGUCGAUAUCCUUCCCUAUAUCCUUCUUCCCCUGACGGGCAACGAGGAGUACGACGAGGAUGACAUGAUGGGCAUGCUGCCCGACCUUCAACUGCUGCCCCCCGAUAAGAAGCGCGACUCGGACCCACGGAUCAUCCAGACGCACCUCGAGACACUGCUGCUGCUCACCACAACACGGGAGGCACGCGAUCUGAUGAGAAGAGUCAAAGUCUACCCUAUCAUCCGUGAGACCCACUCACGCGUCAAUGAUGAUGGCGUCAAGGAUGCCUGCGACCGGCUGGUCCAGGUUCUGAUGAGAGAUGAGGCGCCGGCUGAGGGCGAGGAUGGGUCGGACACGAAGCAGCUGACGAAUGGCUCCAGAGUUGAGGAGAUUGAAGACGACGACAAUGAGAUUGUCGAGGUUUAA